AUGAGCAAACGAAAGCAAUUCACCAUCGAAGAAAAGGCAAAUAUCAUUUUUCGUUUAAAAAUAGGUGAAAAAAAUUCUGACAUAGCUAAUGAAUUAGACGUAGGUCACUCUACAAUUUCCAACACAUGGAAAGUUCGAGACAAAAUCGAACAAGAGUUUCAAAAUGAAAAAUUAUCAGUUAAGAAACUCAGAAAUGGUACACAUACAGAUUUAGAUAAUAAAGCCAAUGAGUUAGCUGAAGGCCUUGGUAAGCAUAAUUUUAAUUGUUCUACUGGUUGGAUUCAAAGAUUUAGAGCGAGGCAUAUAAUUGUGUUUUCAACAAUAAACGGAGAAUCGAAUUCGGUCAAUACUGAAAUAACACAAAAUUGGAUCGAAAAAGUAUGGCCUAAAUUACGAGAAGGAUACACAGAUGACCAAAUUUAUAAUGCAGAUGAGACUGGACUUUUUUACAAAAUGCUUCCUAACAGAACAUUAAAAUUUAAAGGAGAAAAAUGUUCAGGUGGUAAAAUGUCCAAAGAACGUCUGACUGUCUUAGUUUCAGCAAGUAUGACUGUAAUUGUACGUCUGUUCUUCAACCAUAUGAUCAAUAAUAUUGAAAACAAAAUUGAAGCGAAUAUCAGCGUACUAGAUGGUAUAUUAAUGAUUUUUAAAGCUUGGGAAAAAGUAUCAGAGAUUACAAUACGAAAUUGUUUUCGUCACGCUGGUAUCAAUAAUACAAUACCACAACAAACUGUGCAAGGAGAACAAGAAGAAGACAUAAGUUUCCCAAACAUAAAUGAAUAUAUUAACUUUGAUAAUGAUGUGUUAACUUCAGAACCAUUAAGUGAUCAAGAAAUUAUUUCUUCAUUGAUUAACCAACCCGAAGAACCUGAGGAAGACGAUAAUAGUGAAGAAGCUGAUACUCCUGAUGGAGAUUUAUCUAUUAAUGCAGUGUUCAAUGCAGUAAAGAUGUUAGCAAAUUAUAUGGCUCUGAAUAACGUAAGUCCAAAGAUAAAUUUUGAAGAACUAGAAAAAACAAUAGAGCGUGAUUUCUAUACUAACAAAGUUCAAUCUAAAAUAACAGAUUUCUUUAAAUAA